CGCCUUCGGGGUGUGCAAAGCCUGGGAACAUUGAGGGCAUUAGGACCAGGAGAGAGACGCUCGCUUGGCUCCAGGCUGUGUCUGGCAGAGGGCUCUCCGCUGAGCAGAGCUAUGUGUGAAAGGAAAUCAGGCACUGCCUGCCGGCUUUACAUCUGUUGAUCUGACCUGACUUGAAGCGUCCAAAGAGGGACGGCUGUCAGCUCUGCUUUGCUGAGAACCCACGAGCUCACCCCAGACAUCUCACAGCAGCCUGACCAUUCAUGCAAAGGGGGAAAGGAACACAUGGGACUAAACACCUGAGCAGAAUGGACUCAUUUUUUUUUUUCCCCAUGGAGAAAAACUGGGUAAAGGGGAGCAAGCAAUUCAGUUUAAAGUCCUUGUGAAUGGGCUCUCGGAAAGCAAUUAAAGAAAGCCACUCAGAGGACCUGGGGUGGAACUGGGGUCCUGUGGACUUUCCAAUUAUAAGUGGAAGCAGGUUUUACACAUGCUGUUGGCAAAUGUCAGAUGGAGAAAAAGGAGCAGGUUAAGUGACUGGCAAAAGAAACUUCCAGGUGGAACGAGCAACCAGGUCCUGCUGCAAGCUUGAAGGAACCUGGAGCCGGAUGAGAAAGCAAACUUGAACAUGACCUGUUGCGUCUGGCAAGUUGCAGCAACAUGCUCCUAAAGAAGCGGUACAGGCAUGGACCGUGCAGACUUCAGUUCCUCCUGCUCUUCCUGAUGCUGGGAUGUGUCCUCAUGAUGGUGGCCAUGUUGCAUCCUCCCCUGCACACCAGGCACCAGGCUGUCACAGCCCAGGCCAACAAGCACACCCCUGAAAGCGGGUACCGCCUGGACUUUGGGGAAUCUCAGGAAUGGGUCCUGGAGGCUGAGGAUGAGGGCGAGGAGUACGGCAUCCUGGAGGGCCUGCCGCCCUUUAUCUCGCUGCGGGAAGAUCAGCUGCUAGUGGCUGUGGCCUCACCCAGGGCCAGAAGGAAUCAGAGCCAGGGCAGGAGAGGUGGUAGCUACCGGCUCAUCAAGCAUCUGAGCAAGAGGCAGGAUGAGGAAGCUCCAGAGAGGGACUGGGGGGCCGAGGAGGACGGGGAGGUAUCAGAAGAAAAGGAGAUGACCCCACUCAGCCUGGACUCGCAUGGCCUCAACGAGGCGCUCAGUGCCCGCCUCCCGCUUCACAGGGCCCUGCCUGAGGUGCGGCACCCGCUGUGUCUGCAGCAGCAUCCUGAGGAAAGCCUGCCCACGGCCAGUGUCAUCCUCUGCUUCCAUGACGAGGCCUGGUCCACCCUCCUGAGGACCAUACACAGCAUUCUUGACACAGCGCCCAGGGCCUUCCUGAAAGAGAUCAUUCUCGUGGAUGACCUCAGCCAACAAGAACAACUCAAGUCUGCUCUCAGUGAAUAUGUGGCCAAGCUGGAAGGUGUGAAGUUGCUCAGAAGCAAUAAGAGGCUGGGUGCCAUCAGGGCCCGGAUGCUGGGAGCCACCAGGGCCACCGGGGACGUGCUGGUCUUUAUGGAUGCCCACUGCGAGUGCCACCCGGGCUGGCUGGAGCCCCUGCUCAGCAGAAUAGCUGGUGACAGGAGCCGUGUGGUGUCCCCAGUCAUAGAUGUGAUUGACUGGAAGACUUUCCAAUAUUACCCCUCCAAGGAGCUUCAGCGUGGGGUGUUGGAUUGGAAGCUGGAUUUCCACUGGGAACCUUUGCCAGAGCAUGAGAGGAAGGCCCUCCAAUCCCCCAUCAGUCCCAUCAGGAGCCCUGUGGUACCUGGAGAGGUGGUGGCUGUGGACAGACAUUACUUCCAAAACACUGGAGCCUAUGAUCCUCUCAUGUCACUGCGGGGUGGUGAAAACCUUGAAAUGUCCUUCAAGGCCUGGCUCUGUGGUGGCUCCAUUGAAAUCCUUCCCUGCUCUCGGGUGGGGCACGUCUACCGAAAUCAGGAUAUCCACUCCUCCCUUGACCAGGAGGCCAUCCUCUGGAACAAGGUCCGUCUUGCUGAGAUCUGGCUGGGGACAUUCAAAGAAACCUUCUACAGGAACAGCCCAGAGGCCUUUGUCUUAAGCAAGGCCGAGAAGCCAGACGGCACAGAACGCAUGCAGCUGCAGAGGAGACUGGGCUGUCGGACAUUCCACUGGUUUCUGGCCAACAUCUAUCCUGAGCUGUACCCAUCUGAACGUAGGCCCAAGUUCUCUGGAAAGCUCCACAACACUGGAUUUGGCUUCUGUGCGGACUGCCAGGCAGAAGGGGACAUCCUGGGCUGUCCCAUGAGGCUGGCCCCUUGCAGUGACAGCCAGCAGCAGCAGCAGCUGGAGCACACCAGCAGGAAGGAGAUCCGCCUUGGCAGCCCACAGCACCUGUGCUUCGAUGUCAGGCGAGAGCAGGUGAUUCUUCAGAACUGCACGGAGGAUGGCCAUGCCAUCCACCAGCAGCACUGGGACUUCCAGGAGAAUGGAAUGAUUGUCCACAUUCUUUCUGGAAAAUGCAUGGAAGCCGUGGUUCAGCAAGACAAUAAAGAUUUGUACUUGCGUCAGUGUGAUGGGAAAGUCAGCCAGCUGUGGCGAUUUGACCGAGUCCACCCUGUGGGUGAACGAUGAAUGGCAAUGGCAGAAGGGAAAAAUGUGGGCAUUCGCGGUUCUGCCCCAAGGGAACUAAAGGAGUAUGUUUAUUCCACAAAGCAGAUUCUUUUGUGCUUGUGCUCCUGGUGCAGGAGAGAAGAAAGCUUUGUGAGUCCAUAUCAGAAGCCCCUUCUUCUCACCCCUUAUUUCACUGACUGCUGGCUGUUGAAAAAAAAAGAAAAAAAGAAAAAAAGAGUGAAUUCAUUGUCUUCAUCACUGGAGAUGAUCAUCAUAUAUCACAGAAGAUUAUUAUUAUUAUUUUUUUUACUAAGCACAUAACACUUGCUUUUAUCCCUGAAAGACCUGGGCAUGUCUGGCAGCAUUGGGUACAUCAAUCCCAUGGGUCAAUUUCUUGAUCUUCAAGUAGUCUUAAUUUGGAUUAUCUGUGUGGCCAAACAUGAGAAGUGAAAGAGCAAGAGGAUAUAGUGUUCUGAUAGUCCAAAAACUUUGAUUAGGUUUAUAGGCACCAAUUUCAUGUUCAUUGGUUGAGCCAUAGCUCAAAACGAAGGAAAGACACAGGGAGAAGCAAGGUAGGGUUAAAGAGAAGAUGGAAAGGAGCUUUGGCUUGACUCUCCAGCUCAACUUAGCCAGCUGAAAAGAGUCCAUAGACCUGGGAUAAGACAUUUUCAUCUUAGUGGGAAUUUCCCUGAAACUUUCUACCUCCAUUCACCUGCACUAACCCUUCUCUCGCUUAAUCCACCGUUGCAAUAGUCAUUGGUGUUAGAAGGAGCAGCACAGCCUGAGCAUUCUCAUAAUAAAUGUGUUUAUACUUGAUAAAUUUCCUUGAUGCCCUUUUAUGGGAUUUGCAUUGACUUGAAAAGAAAUAAUGAACUUUGCAAAAGUGCAAAACUCCUUGGAAGGGAAAUGUGAGAGCCUGAGUCAAAAUUCUUACAAGAGUAAACAGUGCUGGGUGUUAAUGUCUGUGAGACCUGACAGGGUCAUCUCUGAGACCAUAGUAUUUGUCUGGGACCCUUAAAUAUGUCUGUUGAAUUCUCAAAACUUUGGGGACAAUAAAAUCACAGCAGAGAUAGGCUAACAAAAGAGAAUGGUUCUCCUGGCUGUGACCUAGUUUGGCUAUAAGAGUUGCUGAGUGGGGUUAGCUCUGCUGUUGAGAAAGCACCAUUUAUGCCCACUUCUCUCCCAGAUGGAGCUAGCUCUCUACAUGGUAAGCUUAGAAACCUUCCCUUAAAGAUCCUUCGGGAUGUGUCAAAUAAGAAUAACUAGGUAGGAAAUGUUUCCAAAUCAUACCUAUCAUAACUGUGUAUUCAUUCUCUGUCUGCAAAGUCAAUGGCCCACUGCAUUUCUCCAUCCUUAGAAUGCAUCUUAGACCUGUGUUAAUAUGGUAGCCACUAGUUAAAUAUGGUGCAUUUAAUGGAAAUCCACUAAAAUUAGACAAUAGUAAAAAUAGUUCCUCAAUUCUAGUAGCCACAUUUCAAGAGCUCGAUAAUCACAUGUGGCUAAUGGCUAUUGGAAAUCACAGAUAUGGAACAUUUCAUCAUCGCAAACACUACUACUGGACAGCAUUAGACGCAUCGCCUUUCUAGAGAGGAGAUUUUAGCCACUGUCUUCUUGCUUCAGACCUCUCUCUAUUUAAAACAAAUUCCCCUGACAUCCUAAGGCUGAGAUGGAACUAAAAAUUCUCAGAUGGCAACUUUGCAAAGGGUAUUAAUGAUUUAAGAAUAAAAAUUAGAUAAGACGUCUAUUUUUUUAAAGAACCUUAUUGUUGUCAUUGUGGGUAUUUGAAGUUGCUGGGAUAAAUUAAUAUAAUUAAAUAAAAGGCUGAAUUCAA